CCGCCGUCGCCGCCCACCAGAAACUUCCGGUCCUGCACGGCAACAUGCGUUUGCGCUCAUGAUGCUUUUUGUGUGUUGAUUGUGUUGCUUUGCUGCUGGUAAAACCACGUGCAGACACAACAAGCCUAAAAAUCGCAGACAUGGAAGAAAAAGUGAAAAAGAAAAAGUCCAAGGAGGGCAGGUUCAAAACCCUGGGCGAGGUACAUGCCCAAUGUGAGUUCAAACUCGAGUCUUCCGACAGUAAGCCGCCGGCGAUUGAUUCCUCGCAAUGGCCCUUGUUGCUAAAGAAUUUCGAUCGAAUGAACGUUCGGACAGCACAUUUCACUCCUCUUCCGUUUGGUUCUUCGCCACUAAAAAGAAGCAUUGAGGAUUACGUGAAGGGUGGCUACAUUAAUUUAGACAAACCAAGCAACCCUAGUUCUCACGAAGUGGUUGCCUGGAUCAAAAGAAUCCUCAGGGUUGACAAAACUGGACAUUCCGGCACCCUUGAUCCUAAAGUCUCGGGUUGCCUGAUCGUUUGCAUUUCCCGAGCCACUCGCCUGGUCAAGUCUCAGCAGAGCGCCGGCAAGGAGUACGUGUGCAUCUUCCGUUUGCACAGUGCACCAGGCUCGAAGAACAGCUUGGUUGCUCCUGGAAGCGAUGGCGAAGUUGGUCUCGUUUCCCGCGGCCUUGAGAAGUUGCGGGGCGCCCUUUUCCAGAGGCCGCCGCUCAUUUCGGCGGUCAAGAGACAGUUACGGGUCAGGACCAUUUACGAAAGCAAACUGGUCGAGUAUGACACGAAGCAGAACCUGGGCAUCUUCUGGGUCAGCUGUGAGGCCGGAACUUAUGUCCGAACACUGUGUGUCCACCUUGGACUGGUGCUUGGUGUUGGCGGACAGAUGGAUGAACUCAGGAGAGUCCGAUCAGGAAAUCAAGGGGAAAAUGAGGGUUUGAGCUCAAUGCAUGAUGUCCUUGACGCGCAGUGGCUCUAUGACAACGCCAAAGACGAGAGUUAUCUACGAAGAGUGAUUCACCCUUUGGAAGGACUCUUGGUCAAACACAAGCGGAUCGUCUUAAAAGAUAGUGCUAUUAAUGCCGUGUGUUAUGGAGCAAAAAUUAUGCUGCCAGGUGUGCUUAGGUAUGAUGAUGGAAUCGAGAUGAAUGAAGAAAUAGUGGUUAUUACCACCAAGGGAGAAGCUGUUUGCUUAGGUAUUGCCCUCAUGACGUCAAGCACCAUGAUGUCAUGUGACCAUGGAUCGGUAGCAAAAAUUAAGAGGGUGAUCAUGGAGAGGGACACGUACCCCCGUAAAUGGGGUCUUGGUCCCAAGGCCCUAAUGAAGAAGCAGAUGAUCAAGCAGGGGCUGCUGGACCAGUAUGGAAAGCCUAACGACAAAACUCCACCUAAUUACCUUUCUCAGAGCUACCAGGACGUUAAUGUGAAGUCCGAAAUGAGCGACGCACCAGCAAAGCGCGCUCGGGAGAGCAUAGGAAAUGGAAAUGACGAAGAAACUUCGUCGCCAAAGGAGAAGAAGAAGAAAAAGAAAAAAUCUGUGGUAGAAGCAGAAGCCAUAGAAGAUGAGGUUGUUGAAGAACCUUCUUCGGAGAAAAAGAAGAAGAAAAAGAAGAAAAUUAAGACGGAAGCAGAAGCAGAGUAAAGUGGAAGUACUUUUUUAUUAAGAUUCAUGCAUCCUUUUUUUCUUUGAUUUUAAGAUGAAACACUUUGAGAAAGAAUUAAAUUUUAUUACAAGAUAAAAAA